AUGCCGCUCGCCUGCUUCGCCGGACGCGGCGGCGGGGACGCGUCGUCGUCCCCGGCGCCGGCGACGUCGGCGACGUCCGUGUACUGGACACACCUCGGCACCGUCACCCUGACGUGGUCGCGCGGGCAGCUCGGGGUCGUCCUGGCCGCGGAGCUCCACCUCGCCGGGGAGGACGCGCCCGCGCUGCGGUUCUUUCUCCGGCCGUGGUUGCCCUGGCGGCGGCGGGGGUCCAAGCGCUUCGCUGGGGGCGGGCACGCCGUCGCGUUCUCGUGGGACAUGUCGCGCGCGCGCCUCGCCGGUCGCCGGCCGGAGCCCGUGUCGAGGUACUCUCUGCAUGUGUGUGUGGAUGGGGAGCUCGCGCUGGCGGCGGGCGACCUCGCGCUGCUCUCCCCGUCGGCUGGGUUCCUCCUCACCCGCCGCGAGAACGCCGUCGCCGGCGGCGGCGGCGAGGCGUACGCCACCACAGUCGCCGUCGCGGGGGAGAGGCACGAGGUGUCCAUCGCCGUGGAGGACGCGGUCAUGUGGGUCGCCAUCGACGGCGAGAAGGCGCUCCAGGUGCGGCGACUCCGGUGGAAGUUCCGGGGCAGCGAGAGGCUCGACCUCCCGCGCGGCCGCGUCCGCGUUUCGUGGGACCUCCACGGCUGGCUCUUCGCCUCCGACGCCGCCGCCGUCUUCGUCCUCCGGUUCGAGACGGCCGACGGCGCGGCGAACCCCUCCAAGAUCGACGUGGGCGACGACGCCGGCAUGCAUGUGCUAAGGCAGAGCUCUUUCAACAGGAACCACCACCACGGCGGCGGCGGCGGCGGGGAGAGCUGGUGCAGCAGCGACAGCGACAGGAGGGGGUGGAGGCGGGGGCCGUUCAGGUCAGGGUCAGACUCGUCGCCGACGGUGUCGGUGGCGUCGACGUCCGCGGCGUCGUCGGCCGGAAGCGUGGCGACAGUGGCCCACUGGGCCACGGCGGAGGAGGCGGCGAUGAAUGACGGCGGCGGGUUCUCCCUCGUCGUGCACCUCUGGAAGAAGAAGAAGAGGUAAUGCAUCCAUGAUCCAUGGCCGGCGUUGGUGCAUUGCGUUGGAUUGUACUAAAAAAAUGUUCUUUUUUGCUUGUGAAUUGUGAUUGGUAACUCCCGCGUGCCGCAUUCGCGAGCACGACGAUGGGAAAAAUUUUGUGUGGAUAAACAAGGGAUAAAAUUUGUGGGUACAAGUUUGUAUUUUUGUAUUCAUGUAUUCGUACUUGAAUUUUGUCCACA